GUACCAAUGCAGCAAAUGCUCCAGCGGCAGCAGCAGCAGCAGCAACCUCAGCCUCCGCCGUCAUAUUCGCCAUUUACGCCUUCACCUUACUCGCAUCAGCGACAGCCGACGCGUGCCUCGCAGCCCUCUGCUCCAUUGAUCUUCCUAUCAGGCUCUUCAAGCCGCAGUGGCGGCGGCGUCGGUGGUGAUGGUGGUGGUGGAGGUGGUGCCUUUUUCGCAGGCUCUCCGCGGCAGCAUUCUGCGCCAAACUCUUACACCGUCGAGUUUUGGGAUGCUGUCCGCCUCUCGCUGCAGCACCUCGGCCCAGUCGCCGAUGGUGACCACUUCGCCGCCUGUGGUGGCAUCAUUAGCCAGCACAGCAGUUCGGGCGUCGCUUCGCUCACCCUUUGUUCUUCCUGCCUCGUCGAUUAG